AUGGAUUUGCCCGAACCGCUACAUGAUUUUCUUUUAGUCUUUCUUGGAUCGGGUCUUAUAUUAGGAAGUCUAGGAGUAGUUUUAUUUACGAAUCCAAUUUUUUCUGCUUUUUCGUUGGGACUUGUUCUUGUUUGUAUAUCUUUAUUCUAUAUUUUAUCAAACUCCCAUUUUGUAGCUGCAUCACAGCUACUUAUUUACGUGGGCGCUAUAAAUGUUUUAAUAAUAUUUGCUGUGAUGUUCAUGAAUGGUUCAGAAUAUUAUCAAGAUUUUCGUCCUUGGACCAUUGGGGAUGGAAUUACUUUGAUGGUUUGUACAAGUAUUUUUGUUUCACUAAUAAUUACUAUUCUAGAUACAUCAUGGCACGGGAUUAUUUUGACUACAAAACCAAAUCAGAUUAUAGAGCAAGAUUUGAUAAGUAUUAGUCAACAAAUUGGAAUUCAUUUAUCAACAGAUUUUUUUCUUCCAUUUGAACUUAUUUCCAUAAUUCUUUUAGUUGCUUUAAUAGGUGCAAUUGUCGUGGCUCGCCAAUAA